AUGACUAACCUUGAAGGAAAAUGUGACAUUGAUGUCUGGCUUGAGCUUCAAAAGCUUGCCACUGAUAUUAUUUCUCAUACAGCUUUUGGACGCAACCAUGAAGAAGGGAAGCAUAUUUUCGAACUUCUAAGAGACCUCGUGAUUCUGACUAUUGAAGCCAUGUCCAUGUCAACGAGUCAUUCAUCAACUAAAGGGAAUGUUUUCUCAGUUUAUCCCAACGAAGAAAAGCCGGAAAAGGAUAGAACUGGACAGACAGAUCAAAUCGAUGUCAAGAGAUCUGAUACAGUGGAAGAAGCAUUCAAUGAGGCAUGGACAAUCUGGAAAUGA